CCAACGCCACUCUACCCGCGAACACCUCCGCCUCCUCGCCGCCGUCGACCGUCCUCUAUUCUCUCCCCGCAACGCUCAUUUCUAUACGGCACUACCACGAUGGGAGAAGUCCUCAACGUCGUCGUCGCCGUCGCGGUCAUUGUCUUCAUCGUCCGCUGGGUAACGUCCGGAAAAGACGCGGCCUCAGGACCGUCGCCGUCGGCUGUGCUCGGCUUCCGACCGAAGAAUGUCACAAUAGAGAUGGUCGAGACCGUACAUACUAUGUUCCCUGACAUACCGAGCGAUAACAUACGAUACGACCUCCUACGAACGGGAAACGUGCAGACAUCCAUCAACACCAUCCUCGAGCGCGGCUUCCUCCCCGCACCACCACCCGCGUACUACACGAUCUACCCGCGCGCCCUCGACUCAACAGACACCGCCGCGCGCCCCGCCCCCGCCCCCUCGUCCUCAAGCAAGUCCAAAUCCGAGAACCUCAUCGAGCGCUACCACCUCGAAAACCGCGUCGCAGUGUCGUCGGGCGUGGAGGCGCGGACACCCGAGGAGGCCGCUGGGCGCGCGGAUUGGGAGGAGAACGCGGAGAAGCGGGAGGCGAGCCUGCGCGAGCGGAAGGCGCAGAUGAUCCUGGCGGCGAGGCAGCGGCUGCUGGCGCAGCAGGCGAAGGAGGCUGGCUCGUCAACAUGA